GGAUGUGGAUGUGGCGGCACGGCGGCAUAGGGCCAGCAGUCUGGAGCCCGAUAAGAGCUGUCCCCCCACUGCUACUACACCACGCACAACUGAUAAGGGCCGACACUCACCACGGCACAUGGGUCCUUUCACCAACGCGAGUUGUUAAACCAAAACUCACCACACACCAACGAAAGCCGGCUCUCUCUUGUGCGACUGCGUUGCCCUCUCGGGUUAUCCUUCGGCUCUGAUAAGAGCCAGCUUCGGGCGAUGGCCGAGGCCCAGUUCGGGUCACCUGCUGGCGGAGCUCGUUGCCCUAAGUCAGUUCACUCGGGAGCGCGGCGGUGUUCGUUUAGCGGCGGGCCAACGGUGCGGAUACUUGACUUGGGCCGGAGCUGCCAACUGAAUGUGUGAGGUGCCAGUGAAGACGAGGACGAGUGCGAGUGCGAAUCUCGGCAAUCGGGCGGUGAUACCCAUCAGGCAAGCGGUCCCUACCGAAAGAUCAAAACCAAAUGCCCAUAAACAAUUCAUCAGAAAGCGAGCAAACAAACGAAAACAAACAACAUAUAUUGUUUACAAUUGCCUAAAAGGGCAGGAGACAAGCAAAUAAAAUAGUUUUCAAAUUCAUUCCAUGACAAGUGGUUAAAACAAUAAGCACAAAACGUUUUAAAACUCUAUCUCCCGAAACACAAACAAUGAACGGAAACACCAGCAAUAUCAACGGCAGCAACAACAGCAACACCAAGUGCAUCAGCAACAGCAACAGCACGGCAGCAAUAUCAACAUCGUCAGCAGCAGCAGCAGGUUCAGUCACUCGGUCAUCAACGGCAACAACAACGCUGGCAGCAACUAUGUUCUAUGGCUAAUACAAAAGCUUCAAACAACAAAUCGCCAGCAACAACCAGGCCAAAAGUUCGCCAAAGCAUUUGAUGCUAAAACAACAACAAGGAAAACAACAGCAGCAGCCACAUCAACAUUGGCAACACUUUUACGAGUUGCAGACUACCUUGUACAACGAAUUUUUAUUAUUGCACAAGGCCCGAGGCGGCAGGACAUCGGCGGAAUCCUCAUCCGGAAUCAUUCCAGUUCGAGUAUGCGAUGGCCGCAGGUAGAGCCGCCGCGACGCCGAGUCCGAAUCCGAAUCCGAGUCCCAGUCCGAGUCCGAGUCCGGCCGGCGGUCAGGACAUAGCCAGCGACAACAGUGCCCAGUGCCGCACGUUGGCCACGAAGGUGCGCCGGAAAGGGCCACGCCCCCAGCGGCGCCUGCACCCGCCCCUGCGCCCCGCCCGCCUGCCGCUGCACCUGCCACUGUGGCUGUGGCUGCUGUGCUGCUGCUGCUGCCAGCUGGGCCAGCUGCGGGCCGAGUGUCCGGCGGUGUGCGAGUGCAAGUGGAAGAGCGGCAAGGAGUCCGUGCUGUGCCUUAACGCCAACCUCACCCACAUCCCGCAGCCCCUGGACGCGGGCACCCAGCUGCUGGACCUCAGCGGCAACGAGAUCCAGUCGAUACCCGACGACAGCUUCGCCGCGGCCCAGCUGCUCAACCUGCAGAAGGUGUACCUGGCGCGGUGUCGCCUGCGCCUGAUCGAGCGGCAUGCCUUCCGCAAGCUGAUCAACCUGGUGGAGCUCGAUCUCAGCCAGAACCAGCUCGCGGCCAUUCCCUCGCUGGCCCUCUACCACGUCCCGGAGCUGAGGGAGCUGCGGCUGAGCGGCAAUCCCAUACUGAGGGUGCCGGACGAUGCCUUCGGCCAUGUGCCGCAGCUGGUCAAGUUGGAGCUGAGCGACUGCCGGCUGGCGCACAUCGCGGUGCGGGCCUUUGCCGGGCUGGAGAGCAGCCUGGAGUGGCUAAAGCUGGACGGCAAUCGGUUGAGUGAGGUGAGGAGCGGCACCAUCACCUCGCUGGCCUCGCUGCACGGCCUGGAGCUGGCCCGCAACGAGUGGAACUGCAGCUGCUCCCUGAGACCCCUGCGAGCCUGGAUGCUGCAGCAGAACAUACCCAGUGGCAUACCGCCCACCUGCGAAUCACCGGCGCGAUUGUCGGGCAGAGCCUGGGAUAAGCUGGACGUGGAUGACUUCGCGUGCGUGCCACAAAUAGUGGCCACCGACACCACGGCCCACGGCGUGGAGGGGCGGAACAUCACCAUGAGCUGCUAUGUGGAGGGAGUGCCGCAGCCGGCGGUCAAGUGGCUGCUCAAGAAUCGCCUGAUAGCCAAUCUCAGCGCUGGCGGGGAUGGGGACACCGGAUCGGAGCCGCGAACGGCAGCAGCCACGCAGGGCAGGAAGACCUAUGUGGUCAAUAUGCUGCGUAAUGCCUCCAACCUGACCAUUCUCACGGCGGACAUGCAGGAUGCCGGGAUCUACACGUGUGCGGCGGAGAACAAGGCCGGCAAAGUGGAGGCCAGUGUGACGCUGGCCGUUUCCCGGCGGCCACCGGAAGCGCCGUGGGGCGUGAGGAUUAUCCUGCUGGGCGUCAUAGCCGCUUUGCUUCUGGUCGGCGGCUCCUCCUUUGCGGCCAUCUGUCUGUGUUCCCUGCAGAGGCGCCGAAAGCUGCGACUGUGGAACUCCGUGCCGCCCGUGAGGCGAAGCGAGAGCUACGAGAAGAUCGAGAUGACGUCGCGGACGAGACCGGAUCUGGGGGGCGGGGCCAGCUGCGGGGGCGGCAGUGCCACGGGCGCCGGACUCUUUCACGAUGCCGAAGAGCAUGGCUAUCUGCGGGCCGCCCACACACCGCUCAACGACAAUGAUGUGGGUCAGGCGGCGGCCAUUGUGAAUCCGAGUGCGGGAAGUGCCCAGCGGCGGAACGGGGACUACCUGCACGUGUCCACCCACUGCGACGAUGAGGAGGAGGACCACCACCCACACCACCCACAGCACCAGCAGCAGCAGCAGCAGCAACAGCUGCAGCAGGCGAGGAAGAGCUCCCAGGGCCAUGUUGUCUCCGCAUCCGGGGCGAAUAAUUCAGCGCCGCUGGAGGAAACGGAUCUGCACAUACCGCGCCUCAUCGACAUCGGCGGCACCGAUUCCGCCUCUAGUUCGAUAUCCAGCCAGGUGGAUGCCGCUGCCCGCCUGGGCGGCUAUGCCGGCCACACCUGGAAGACCACGCCCAUUGCCACCACCAAGAUCAACUCGCCGCACAGCAAACCGGCCACGUCUGUGCAUCCACCCUCCUCAUCCGUGAAUCCCCCGGGCACGGGAACGGGUACGGCCACGCCCUACGCCCACUACGGCAAUCAUCCGGCGGACGAGAUGGCUACCUCGGUGUUCUGCAGCGAGGGCCAGGAGAGCGACCUGUUCGACAGCAACUAUCCGGACCUGCUAGACAUAGCCAAGUAUGCGGUGGCCCAGGCGCAGCAGCAGGAGGGUCGGGGGCAGGGCGGCUAUGGCCAGGCCACGCCCACUCUGAACGGGGGGCUGUGCACGCUGCCGCGGAAGCUGAAGACCAGCGGCAAGUACUUUCGCAACUCCUCGGACAGCCAGUCGCCGCUGCUGGCGGACAACUCCAGUAAGUAUGGCAGCAGCACCCUGGGCGAUGGAAGUUUCCUCAACGAGGCCAUGGGUCUGGGCAGGCGGUACUCGGCAGAGUCCAGUUAUGCGAACUAUUCGAGCACGGCCACAUACACCGGUGGUGGCCAGCGGGCAAAUAGUUUCCUAAACUUGGUGCAAAGUGGCGCCCACAAGGGCAGCCUGCUGCCCGGUCAUUUGGGCCAAAAGCCUAGCCUGCCCUCCAGUCCGGUGCAGCAUCAGCGCUCGCUAUCGAGUGCGGCCACGCCCCUUCUGGACUUCACCGCCCUGGCUUCUCGAGCGGCCGGAGCGGCCAACUCCUCGGUGGCCGCCUACGAUUAUCAUGCCGCUCAAUUGGAGCGAUUCCUGGAGGAGUAUCGCAACCUACAGGAUCAACUGUGCAAAAUGAAGGAGACCUGCGACACAAUCCGGAAGAAGGAGACCCCUCUGCGUGUGGCCAUCGGGCAGUCGGCUGCCCAGCUGGCCGACCCCCUGAUGUACAGUGCAGCCUCGCACAGCCCGAAACCGCCGGCGGCCAGCAAUCUGAAGACGAAGACCCUGCUGCCGGGUCAAACGCCGGAUCCACCGCCCUACUGGCUGCACCGCAACGCCAUGUUGAAGCGGCUGAACGGGGACGGCAGUGGCGGUUCCAACGGGUCCGGCGGAUCUCCCGCCUCUCCGCAGCCCGGACAGGAUAUUUUCAAGAGCUAGUCGCAAGCAUGUACAGCCGGAGGAUUGAGUGAUGGGGCGGGAGGUAAAUCGAAAGGCUUCGGUUCACCGAAGAUGGCAUGAGCUUGCAGGAAUAACAAAGUUAAGAGAAGCUAACAGAUUACUACAAGAUAUAAGAAACUUUAUUCUAUACACUAUUUUUAAAUGCCCUUACAGUAAUAAAGUAAUUUACAAGAUAUAAGAAACUUUCUCUUAUACGUUAUUUUUAAAUUUCCUUUUUUCCUAAAAUUAAUAUUUUAAUUGUCUUUAAACUGUUUCAAGAUCUAAAUAGAUAAAAAGUUUUUAACUUUUUCAUAAUAAUUUGGUUUUAUAUUAUAUAUU